AUGGGCUGUUGCGGCGGGCUUCCGAGGCGCGCCCUGCCCAGCGGGCGCUGCGGGGUCUGCUUGCUGGCCCUGGGGGCCGUGCAGAUGUCCUACCUCCUGGCCCCCUCCUUCCUGCCCGAGCAGCUGCUGGAGACCCCCGUCCCCAGCGGCCCGGGCGAGGCGGCCGCCGCGGCGCCGCCGCCAGGCGGCGCGGCGGCCCCUGAGGGCGCCGCCGGCAGCGCGCUGCCGGCAGACGCCGCGCCAGAGGUGGCCCACACCGUGUUCCGGGGCGUGGCGCUGCUGGUGCACUGCCGGGCCUCGGCGGAGGUGUGCGGGCUGCGCGCGCCCCUCCUCGAUGGCUACAGGCGCUUCUUCUCCACGGUGCGGCACAUGCUGCCGAAGAACAGGGGCAGGCGCCUCCCGAGUGGGCCACGGACCUGUGCGCCAGCGGCCUGGGCGAUCCGUUCGUGUGCGUGGCCCAGGUGCUGA